AUGAGGGCAACAGUUUCCGCACUGUUGUACUCUGCCUGCGCGGUGUUUGCAAUUCAUUGCACGGAUACGGUGUCCGCAGCUUCCGGCAGCCCCCCGCCCCCACCGGCGGAUGAAGAGGCAGCCAGGAAAGAUGCCGCUGCUCGUUCUAAUGACCUUCAGUUCAUGGAUCUCCUCAAGCAUACAAUCGAAUCUCAGGUCGAGAUCUUCCCAGAGAGAGCCGCAUCGCUAAGAAACACCGCAUUCCGCUUGGAUUACCUACGUCGCCUCUUUCAUAGAGCGUACCAUAUGAUUAGAUUUCGCCCGACUACCACACCGCGCGCAAGAGCAGUUAGUCUGGCGGAGGAGAUGCACCACCAUCUGGAGAUGCUGCGGCGGCCGAUGAUGGACGAUGUUCUUUUUGGGCAACAAUACUUCCACAUGCUGGAAGGGCGCGUGCAAUACGUGGUUUACAGACUCAACAACCUGCAGGCCCCCUAG